AUGAAAACGAUCAUCACCAAAUUGCAGAAUGAGAACCUCAUAAAUGAAGAUGUUGGCUUCACAUUGUUGGAAUCUUUUGGUAAUAAACAAGAUUUAAUCAUUAAUUGGGCUAAAAAAAAUAUGGGUAAGAAAGUUCCUAAAAAAUAUAGCCCAUCUGUUAGGCAAUUCGCUUUAUCGUUGCACUUUUUCUCUGUUAGAGCAUAUGAAUAUGUUCGACAACAAUUUAAUACUAUACUACCACACCAGCGUACUCUUAGCAAAUGGUAUGCUAAUGUUAAUGCUAAUCCAGGGUUUACACAAGAAUCCCUUAAAUCAUUAACACUCAAAGUAAAAAAUUCCACUAAUCCGGUUUAUUGUGCCCUGAUGAUGGAUGAGAUGGCUAUUCGCCAACAUCUUCAAUAUGAUAGCUGUACUGGAACAUACUACGGCCGUGUAGAUUUAGGCAAUGGAAUGACCAAUGAUAGCCUCGAUAUAGCCAAAGAAUGCUUUGUACUUAUGGUUGUUUCUGUGACUGAAAAUUGGAAGCUACCAAUUGGAUACUUUUUGGUUAGUAAUCUUAAUAGUUCCCAAAAAUCUGAAUUAAUUAAACAUGCUUUAACACUCUUACAACCAACUGGUAUAACAAUAAUAAGUUUAACGUUUGAUGGAUGUGCAACCAACUUAACUACUGCAAAACUUUUGGGUUGUGAUUUUAAUAUUAAUACCUACCGCACGUCUUUUGUUUUUGAUAACAACGAAAUAGUGACAUUUGUGGAUCCUGCCCAUAUGAUUAAGUUAGUGAGAAAUGCUUUUGGAGAGAAAAAACAAUUUAUGGAUGAAGAAGAUAAUAUGAUUGAUUUUGAGUAUAUAUUAAAAUUAUUUUGUUUGCAAGAGAAAGAGGGCUGUCAUUUAGCAAAUAAAUUAAGAAAAGAACAUAUUUUUUUCUGCAAGCAAAAGAUGAAAGUUAAGCUUGCAUCACAAUUGCUUAGCCAGUCUGUUGCCGAUGCUUUGAGAUUUUGUAUGGAUAAUUUGAAGAUGGAUGAGUUUUCUGAAGCUGGCGCCACAAUUAAAUUCAUAGAAAUGUUUAAUAUUGCAUUCGAUAUACUAAAUUCACGCUCGAUUCAUUGUAUAGGUUAUAAAAAAGCAUUGUGUAGAGAGAAUGUGAAUGUUAUAUCCAUAUUUAAAGACAAAUUCACCAAUUACAUAAAAGGUCUUAAGGUAAAAGAAAUUGAUGGAUUUGUACCUGUUUUAGAUUCCAAAAGAAAAACGGGGUUUAUAGGAUUUAUUGGAGGAUUACAUAGUGUUUUAAAAUUGUAUGACAAUCUUGUAGACUCAGGCAAAUUAGAACACUUAAAGUUGUACAAAUGUAGUCAGGAUCAUAUUGAAUUGUUUUUUGGCACAGUAAGAGCAUCAGGAGGUCAUAAUAAUAAUCCAACAGCACAACAGUUUCGAGCCGCAUAUAGAAAAUUAGUGAUUAGAGUUAAUGAUGUUCAAAGCUUUAAUACCGGCAAUUGUAUACCUCUUGAGGAUAUUGAUAUCUUACAUUAUUCUAGUAUAGAUCCUAUUAAAGUACUGAAUAAUAAUUCUAUAGGUAUUAGUUCAGACACGGUUAUUGAUGAGGUAAAUGUUCAAAAUAUAAAUUCAUUAAUCAUGGACCACGAUUAUAUUGGUAACAAUUCUGAACAUUCAUCAAGCCAGUUUGCAAAAGAAAUUAUAAUUUAUAUAGCCGGUUUUGUAGUUUACAAACUUACCAAUUCACUUAAAUGUGAAGAAUGUAAACUUGGAUUAGUGGCUGUGGAAAAGGAUUGUUUUUUGAACUCAUUAAUUACUUUAAAGAAUAGAGGAGGUGAAAAAGGAGGAUUAAUGUACCCCAGUGAAGAUGUCAUUUCAAUUUGUUUUAAAACUGAACAUUUUUUAAAAAGUUACAAUUAUAAACAAAAAGCAAUCAAUAGAUUAGAAAUCCAAUCAAAAGUUUUGGCACAUUAUUUGUUCAGUUCAACAAUAUUUAAGUCUUUAAUAACCCAUAGUCAAGAAACACGCAGCCCUUUAUCAGACCAUUGUACUCUUUUAAUAAAAUCAAUUGCAACUACCUACAUAAAUUUAAAAAUUAAUUACAUUGUAAAAAAACAUAAUGAAACACCAUCCCUUAGACAAUGGUACAAUAAACUUACCCUGUUUAGAGGUCAAUGA